CUGUUGACGAUUUGACAUUUCACCAGAACUCAAUAUAAACAACACAAACAAACAUCGUCAUCGUCUUGCGAAAAACGGAACAAAGUCGCUACAAUUUCAUCACACUUCUAAUACCUAAUACCUAAGCUAAUACCAAUCAAAGCAGCAUGUUCCAGUUCAACGGCUUCAACAUGAUGUUCCCGGACCAUUCCCGUCCGUUCAACACGACGUACAAAUGCUACUCGGUAUCGAUGCUGCCAGGCAACGAGCGACAGGAUGUGGAGAAUGGAGGCAAGAUCAUUAUGCCACCGUCGGCGCUGGACCAGCUGACCCGGUUGAACGUGGUGUAUCCGAUGUUGUUCAAGAUCACGAACGGCUCGAUCAACCGCAGUACACACGCGGGUGUGCUGGAGUUUGUGGCGGACGAAGGCAAAAUCUACAUGCCCUACUGGAUGAUGCACAAUCUGGCCCUGGACCAGGGCGAUAUUGUGGAGAUCGAGAGCGUCUCCAUCCCGGUGGCAACGUAUUCCAAGUUCCAGCCGCAGAGCGUCGAGUUCCUGGACAUCACGAACCCGAAGGCGGUGCUGGAGAACUGUUUACGAAACUUCGCAUGCCUCACGACGGGCGAUCUGAUUGCGAUAAAGUACAACAACACGACGUACGAGCUGUCGGUGCUGGAAACGAAGCCCGGUCCAGCGGUUACAAUCAUCGAAUGUGAUAUGAACGUCGAGUUCGCCCCACCGGUCGGGUACACGGAACCGGAGCGAAAGGAAAAGGAGGAAGAACCGAUGACGAUCGAUCCGACGGAGCUGAUGCCCGAGCCGACCGGGUUCGUAGCGUUCAAGGGAGAGGGUACCAGGUUGGAUGGAAAAAAGAAGAAAGACAACGGCACGAACGAUGUACCGGCGGCGCAACGACAGACCUACGUGCGAGGCAUUCCCGACUACGAUCAUCCUUACGGUUUACUACGGUUUGAUCGCAGUGUGAGGAAAACGGACCAACUUGAGUCGAAGCUGGAGGACAGUAAAUUCCAGGAGUUCCAGGGCGAAGGCUUCAAUCUGAAGAAGAACCGCAAAUAGAGCUGGGCAUGAUCUCCUUCAGUAGCAGCUGUACGAAGAACUGUCCAAGCUGAGCGUUAACUAUGGCAAAUGUUCGUGUGUGUGUGUGUUAUAAACCUUAUAUUUCCGUUUCUUCACAACUGAUCAUAUAAAUUUCUGUGGUAGAUAAAAUUACUGAACUCAA